UCCUCAACCACAAGAAGCCUAGCAGGGAGAGGCAGGUGAGACAUGGACCGGUGGACUCUUUACCAGACACAGACUUUUUACCUCGCAGACACACAAACACACAAACAAAGCAAUCUCAUCAAGAAUAUUGUUGUUGUUUUAGUCCUCCUUUUCGACCCCAGGCAAAUGGAGCCCUCUGACUAAAGGAUUGAAGGCCAAAUCACCGCUAAAUUGUCAGAAGACUUGGGCUAAGUGAAGAAGUUACAGGAAAUAGGGGAGUGUCUUUUUCAACCAUUGGCAAUGUGACUAAUGUUUUAUCUUGAUUUUAUCAUGAUUAACAAUUUGUUUACUACCUCUCACCAUAACCGACAUCCUUUUUAAGUUGUCCCUGUCUGCAUCGUCUCUGGCCAGUGUUAUCCCUCUCUACUGCUGCCCCAGGGCUCCCCAGCUAUGCGCCAUGGUCAAGCAGCCAUUUCACAGCUGUAUAACAGAACAGACACUUCAUUGGAUAGGGACCGCAUCCACCUGAAGAUUGUCCGGGCUAAAUCAGAACUGUCUGGCCCGGAGCGAGCCUAUCUGCGUGCUAUCGAGAAGGGAGACUACGCUAGUGUCAAACAGGGCUUAGAGGAGGCAGAGAUCUAUUUCAGGAUCAACAUCAACUGUGUUGACCCACUGGGACGCACAGCACUACUCAUAGCCAUUGAGAAUGAGAACCUGGAGAUCAUUGAGCUUCUUCUUAACUACAAUGUGUUUGUGGGAGAUGCCCUGAUGCAUGCUAUCCAGAAGGAGGUUGUGGGAGCUGUGGAUUUGAUCCUCAACCACAAGAAGCCUAGCAGGGAGAAGCAGGUGCCACCAAUCCUGUUGGAAAAGCAGUUUUCUGACUUCACACCAGACAUCACCCCCAUUAUUCUGGCUGCACAAACCAACAACUAUGAGAUUAUCAGGUUGCUGUUGCAAAAGGGUGUAUCCAUACCUCACCCACAUGCAGUGUGUUGCAACUGCAUUGAGUGUUUGUCCAGCUCAGAUGUGGACAGCCUACGUCACUCUCGCUUGCGCCUCAACAUUUACAAGGCCCUGGCCAGCCCUUCCCUCAUAGCCCUCUCCAGCGAGGACCCCUUCCUGACUGCCUUCCAGCUCAGUUGGGAGCUGAAACAGCUCAGCGAGGUGGAGAAUGAGUUCAAGUCAGAGUACGAAGCGCUCUCUCACCAGUGUAAGCAGUUUGCCAAGGACUUGCUGGACCAGACGAGGAGCUCCAAAGAGCUGGAAACGAUCCUCAACUACCGGGAUGACAUCAACCCUCUGUUGAUCGAGAACACCAAUGACUUGGCACGUCUGAAGUUGGCCAUCAAGUACCGUCAGAAGGAGUUUGUUGCUCAACCAAACUGUCAGCAGCUGUUGGCUUCUCACUGGUAUGGCGAUUUCCCAGGCUGGAGAAGACGCCACUGGGCAGGGAAGUUCAUCAUCUGUUUCAUCAUUGGCUGUCUUUUCCCAGUCUUCUCCCUUUGCUACCUAAUCUCUCCUAAGAGCCGUUAUGGCCUCUUCAUACGCAAGCCCUUCAUCAAGUUUAUCUGCCACACAGCCUCCUACCUCACCUUCCUUUUCCUCCUCCUGCUGGCCUCCCAGCACAUUGUGUCUACAAACCCUAACCGUCAGGGGCCGAUGCCCACCACCGUGGAGUGGAUGAUCCUGCCCUGGGUUUUAGGCUUCAUAUGGACAGAGAUCAAGCAGAUGUGGACUGAGGGCUUCCAGGACUACCUCCAUGACUGGUGGAACCUGAUGGACUUUGUCAUGAAUUCCUUGUAUCUUGCCACCAUUUCUCUAAAGAUUGUUGCUUAUGUGAAGUACAGUGGCUUCAAACCCAGAGAGAGUUGGGAGAUGUGGCAUCCUACCUUGGUGGCAGAGGCCUUGUUUGCCAUAGCUAACAUCUUCAGCUCCCUGCGGCUCAUCUCCCUCUUCACUGCAAACUCCCACCUGGGACCCCUGCAGAUCUCACUUGGCCGCAUGCUGUUGGACAUCCUCAAGUUCCUUUUUAUCUACUGCCUGGUAUUGCUGGCCUUCGCAAAUGGGCUCAACCAGCUGUACUUCCACUAUGAGACAGACGAAGGAAAUGAUUGCAAGGGAAUUCGAUGUGAACUCCAAAAUAACGCUUUUUCAACGAUGUUUGAGACGCUGCAGUCUUUGUUCUGGUCCAUAUUCGGGCUCAUCAGUAUCUAUGUGACCAAUGUGAAAGCGGGCCACAAGUUCACUGACUUUGUGGGUGCCACCAUGUUUGGCACCUAUGGUGUCAUAUCCAUGGUGGUUCUGCUCAACAUGCUCAUCGCUAUGAUGAACAACUCCUACCAGCAUAUUGCUGAUCAUGCUGACAUUGAGUGGAAAUUUGCAAGAGCAAAGUUGUGGAUGAGCUAUUUUGAAGAGGGAGGGACUUUGCCGCCCCCUUUUAACAUCAUUGCCAGUCCAAAGUCCAUCUGGUCCUGCAUCACAUGGUUAAAGAAACACAUAAUCAAAAGGACACAAGCCGUAAAAACAGAGAGAUUUGGAGAGAUGGGGAGACGGGCUGCUGAAAAUGUGCGAAUUAACCACCAGUAUCAGGAGGUGCUGAAACAUUUGGUAAAAAGAUAUGUUGCUGCAAUGAUCAGAGAUGCCAAAACAAAGGAAGGGCUGACAGAAGAAAGUUUCAAGGAGCUGAAGCAAGACAUUUCCAGCUUCCGAUAUGAAGUCCUUGGGAUGAUGAAGAGAAACAUUUCAGAUGGUCGAUUAGGUCAAGAAAGUAACAUCAGAUGUUCUGCACCGGACAAUCAAUUCAAACCCUCCCCCACAUUUCCCACUGCCAAGCCUCAGAGCAAAAUCCCCCUCUUUAACGUCACUUCCACAAUCCUGCAGAGUGCCACUGCAACCUCCACCUCCCAAGCCUUUACCAAACUAGUCAACAACCCAGUGAUCCCUAAGCUUGUUCCCCUAGUUACAGAAGUCAGGCUGGCCUGCAGUGACUAUCCCAAUGAUAUGUCAGACUUGGGGCAAAAGAACAAGUGUCCAGACCACAGCAGUCAGGUGUUUCCUGUGUCAGAUGAGCCUGGGGAGUCUGACGGAGACCAGCGGGACUGCAAUGGGGAAAGUGGGGUGAGGGGCAGAACCAGGAUGUCAGAGGAGCAAGAAAAGGAGGUCGAGAAUCAGGAAAAAGAAAUCCGUCCAUGGAAGCCAAUAUAGAGAUUUUCCAUUAGUUAAUGGUAGUUAAUGACCAAUAACUUAACUGAUUCAGUGACUGAUCAGUGAUUUACAGAGUGAGUUUGUUUACUUUGUGUCAAAGAAGCUUCCCCAUAUGACAUUGUGAUGUUGACCACUAAUCAUAAUGGUGACCAAAUACAGUGCCCUCCAAAAGUAUUGGAACAGUGAGGCCAAUUCCUUUAUUUUUGCUGUAGACUGAAAACA